CAGGGAUCGGAAGUCUCGCGGGAUUUCAGUGCGUUGACUAAAUGCCACGUCGGUUGGAGCCUGAGCAGCAGCAUUUGCUGGGCUUUAUUUGACCGACUGCGCAAAUCGAAAUCUUAGUUUUUCCCGUCACUGGAGUCGUGUGCGGUUACAGCAGCAGGAGGAAUGGGGACCUUCAUCAGAUCACUGUUACUGAUCACUGUCGGGAUGGCCGUGUGUCAGCAGACGCUCGCUCACUCCCACCAUCACCACGGACACUCGCACGGCGACAGCGGCGGCUGCCACGGACACUCGCAUGGAGGGGCCAAGAUGCAUCAUGGGGCCAGCAAAUGGAGCGCUGAAGCCAACCUGCCCCACGCUGAAGAGGAGCAUCACGCUCACGAUCACGGACACGCACAUGAUCACGGACACGCACACGAUCACGGACACGCACAUGAUCACGGACACGCACAUGAUCACGGACACGCUCAUGAUCACGGACACGCUCAUGAUCACGGACACGCUCAUGAUCACGGACACACACACGAUCAUGCACAUGAUCACGCAGCAGAGCGACUGAGUAGAGAUGUGGAAGCAGGGAAGAGGAACAUGGUGGAGCUCUGGAUGCAGGCCAUUGGAGCCACUCUGCUCAUCAGCGCUGCCCCCUUCCUCAUCCUCUUCCUCAUCCCGGUGCAGUCAAACACGGACCAGCACCAGAACCUGCUCAAAGUGCUCUUGAGUUUCGCGUCUGGAGGUUUGCUCGGGGAUGCGUUCCUUCAUCUCAUCCCUCAUGCGCUGGAACCUCAUUCUCAUCAUGGUCAGUCACACGGCAGCGACGAGUCACAUGGCAGUGAGGAGUCACAUGGUCACUCACACGGUGCUGCCCAUGGUCACAUGAUGUUGGUCGGGCUGUGGGUGCUGGGUGGCAUUGUUGCGUUUCUGGUGGUUGAGAAAUUUGUUCGUCUUUUGAAGGGAGGACACUCUCACUCUCACUCUCACGCUGCACCAAAGGCAAAAGACAGCGAUGAAGAGGAUGAUGGCAAGAAAAAAGAGAAGAAGGGAGGGAAAGAGAAAAACGUUGACUCUGAUAAGAAGCCUGCAAAGAAAACAGUUGAGACGAGUUCUGAUAUUAAAGUGUCGGGUUACCUGAACCUGGCCGCCGAUUUCACCCACAAUUUCACAGAUGGGCUUGCGAUCGGCGCGUCAUUCCUGGUAGGUCCAGCAGUCGGCGCUGUUACCACCAUCACCAUCCUCUUACAUGAAGUCCCACAUGAGAUUGGAGACUUCGCCAUUCUCGUCCAGUCAGGCUGCACCAAGAGGAAGGCCAUGUGUCUUCAGCUUCUCACCGCCAUUGGUGCGUUAGCCGGAACUGCCUGCUCCUUAUUGGCUGAAGGGGUGGAUGCCGCGGCAACCACCUGGAUCCUGCCCUUCACCGCCGGAGGCUUCGUUUACAUCGCGACCGUCACGGUUCUUCCAGAGCUGCUGGUGGGACGCUCUAGUUUCUGGCAGUCAAUGCUGGAGAUCUUCGCUCUGCUGUUCGGGGUGGGAAUGAUGGUGCUGAUCGCCGAGUACGAGUGAGGGAUGGACAGUGCCAUGUUUGAAAGAAGAACCUGUAAAAUGAGGUGAAGAGACCAAUGCAUGGUCACCUGAACCUCUAGAGACUAAGAGUGUGUUGAGAUGAAUGUUCGUAUUGACCAUAGAAA